CUCAAUACCUUCCGGCAUGAAGCUACUUAUUUUGCUGGCCCUCUUCUGCCAGAUCCUCCUGGGAACUCAAGGCUUUGACGCCGACCACGCCCACAGGAAGUGCACUGGCAUCGUGUACCAACAUUGUGGCGACUACUGUGACAGGGGCUGCAAAAACAACGUGGCCGCUUGCCUUCACGACUGCUCUGGAGGAUGCGGGUGCAUCGAAGCCUCGCUAGUGCGGAAUAAUGGAGGAUGCAAGCGGCUGAUACACUGCGAUGAUAAGAUAAAGGACUCCGCAUCAGUUGAGAACAAGGAUUACGCAGGCGAAUAUGUGACAGACUGGUGGCAUUCAGAGGAACACAGCACAGAAAGUUCCAAGUCCGAGGAGAACCAUAGCAAUGAUACAUCCGAUAUAGUUAUAAAUAUUUCAAAUGUUUAACAAAUAUAUUCUUUGAAUGCAAGUGACUAA